UUAUGACGUGAGCAAUUGAAUGAGAACGUUGUAGUUGUAUGCAGUUGUAAAAGAUGAAAGUCACUUCUACUAAAAAUAGAAACAAACAUUGGAGCGAUCGAGUCCGUGCCCUCUUUGUCUUAUCACCCACCGUUUUCUCAUGUUAUGUGGUCGUAACUUUUUUAUUUUAACUGGCGCGCGUAAAACAUUUAUUCUAGGAUUCCCUUUCUUUCCAUUAUAAUGAAAUCAUCAGCGUUUAAAGUAAAAUAUGAACUGCUGGACUUCGAUCAUUUCUGACUAGUGUAUGCAACAAGCCAGGCGUCUGAUGCGGAGGAAUUAAACACCGGUAUUUGAAACAUUCAUCAACAUGUGUUCUUGUUUGAUUCGUGUUCAAAGGCGGUUAUUGUUAAUACUGCCCAAAAUCCAUACUUUGGAACUCUCAGUUGCUUUUCAUGCCUCAAAAACAUGUGUGAGAGCUUUGAAGCUACAGCCGAACAACUUUCACCAUAACUUCUCACCGAGGCGUAAAGAGUUGUGAAUCAAGUUGAUAUGACGUAAGAAUGGUGUCAAAAAUUGUAGGCCGGAAUUUUAUUGUACGUAGUCUGCCAAAGCCCAAUAUGCAUAUGAAAUUGCCGAGUAAACUGAAGCAAUUUUUAAAAUGGAUGGGCAGUUUUACUUCUGCUCCAAAGAUACUUAACGAUGACACUGCUGACAAUGAUUUAAUUCUGCCUACUUCUUUUACCUGGGAUGAUCUACGAAUAAGAUGCGAAGAAGAAUUGUCUGGUCUUCCACCGAAGAUAUCCCGGAAUUUUCAAAAAGUAAAAUAUUCAUCGAAAAAUGAUUACAAAAUCGACGAGAUGAAGAUAAGAGUUAUGCAGUGGAACAUUUUGUCACAAGCUCUUGCCAUUAACAGCGACAAAUUUGUUGCUUGUCCACUGGAUGCUUUAUCAUGGGGUACUCGGAGAUGGCGUUUGCUUGAAGAAAUGGUUUCUACUCGUCCAGAUAUUCUUUGCUUUCAAGAAGUCGAUCAUUACCAGUUUUUCAAAAGUACCCUUGGACCAUUAGGCUUCCGAGGAGUGUUUUUCCCCAAACCAGAUUCGCCUUGCUUCUACAUUGCUGAAAAUAAUGGACCGGAUGGAUGCGCUAUAUUCAUCAAUGAAGCAAAAUUCGACCUUUUAGAUACAAAGACAAGAUCUCUAGAAGUGUGGGGUUAUCAAUCGAAUCAAGUUGCUAUUCUUUGCAAACUGAGACGAAGAAAUGAUAACAAUAUUUUUUGGGUUGCUACUACACAUUUAAAGGCUCGUCAAGGUCAUCUUUUGGCUACAAUGCGCCGAGAGCAAGGCAAAGAUCUAAUGGAUUUCAUAAAGUCUUAUAGUGGCAACAGGCCUGUCAUUGUAACUGGGGAUUUCAAUGCCAAUCCAUGUGAACCUGUCUAUCAUGCAUUAACUAAAGAUGAUACUUAUCCUUUGGAUAGUGCAUACAGAUAUUUGAGUAAUAAAAUAUCUGAACCUCCUUAUACUACUUGGAAAAUUAGAGAAGAUGGUGAAUAUUGUCAAACUCUUGAUUAUAUAUUUUACACUCCUAAUUCUUUUGAUGUAGAAAGUGUUUUGCAUCUUCCUACUGCUGAAGAUAUUGGUGAAGGUAGAGUGCCAUCAUAUAGAUAUCCAUCCGACCAUUUUUCGUUGGUAGCUGACCUGGUUUUAAAUGAAUCCUGAUUUUGUGGGAUUCAGAGCUGUGUACCAAAGAAUCAUGUUCACAUGAAAAACAGCAUGUAAUUUACAAUGUUCCAUUGACAAUGUGUUUUCUUUGAAGGCAUGUAGAAAAGUCAUUCCUUUUGUAAAAUAUAUCACUGUAUAUGUUAACAUUCAAAGCAGUAUAACUUGUAAAAUUCAUGUCUAUUUCUAGAUUGAAAUAUGUUAUAGACAGGAAUUGCUUCCCAGUCUUUCAUUUCUCAUCAACAAAUCAUGUAAAAUAAUUUUAAAUGAAGCUAUAUUGUUUGUAUUUAUUUAUCAUCAGAAGAUUUUACUUUGCUUUUGUACGUUGCUUAAAAUGGGAAAAAUGCGAGUUAACACUUUGUAAUAUAGUUUUUUGCCGUUUUAACACAGUUUUCAA